AGGUCCACCCACUGGGGAGCCAGGCCCAGCCAUGGGUGGGCAUAGGUCCACCCACUUGGGAGACUGGACCACCCACUGGGGUGAAAGGCCUACCCAAUCAAAAUGUGUUUUCCCCACAAAAGGGCUUUAUUACAGACAGAUAUACUCCUCAGAUUCAUCAGCUGUCCGGGUGGCUGGUCUCAGACGUUCCCGCAGGUAAAAAAGCCGGAUGUGGAUGUCCUGGGCUGGCGUGGUUCUGGUCUGAGACCAGUGGUCUGGAGUUGUGAGGCCGGUUGGACGUACUGCCAAAUUCUCUAAAACAACAUUGGAGGUGGCUUAUGGUAGAGAAAUGAACAUUCAAUUCUCAGGCAACAGCUCUGGUGGACAUUCCUGCAGUCAGCAUGCCAAUUUCACACUCCUUCAAAACUUGAGACAUCUGUUGCAUUGUGUUGUGUGGCAGAACUGCACAUUUUAGAGUGACCUUUUAUUGCCCCAGAACAAGGUGCACCUGAGUACUGAUAAUGCUGUUUAAUCAGCAUCUCGCUAUGCCACACCUGUCAGGUGGAUUGAUUAUCUUGGCAAAGGAUAAAUGCUCACUAACAGGGAUGUAAACAAAUUUGUUCACUAAAUUUGAGGGUAACACGUUUUUUUUUGCGUUUGACCAAUUUCUGGGAUCUUUUAUUUCUGCUCAUGAAACAUGGGACCAACACUUUACAUGAUUAGUUUGUAUUUUUGUUAAGUAUAAUUUUAGUGUACCGGAUUUACGUUUACUAUGUUACGUCUGGUGUAUGAGACAAGGCUGGGAUAGCACGAACCAUUCUGUGAGCUAUGCGAUGCUGCAAAGCGCACCGUGCGGAGAUCAGCAAAGCGUAGAAUCUUCGCAGUGGAUGGAGGCAAACGGAGUAAUGAAAGAUGCUUUAGCCUAGAUGAAUCUAACGGGCAUUUCGUGGACAGCUGUGUGUCAGUAAAAAUUGACACUUUGAAGCGAGUGGUGCAGCGGAUGAUAUUCUGAUGGGUUGUGGAGGAAGCCGGUCCGACACAAUAAUCGAACCGAGGUAUCAUGAAAGCUGGACCCGAGAAACCGAGUCGACAUGGCUCACCAAUACAGACACCGAGGCUGCUCUUUCUACUAUCAACAGUAAGAAGUGUCGUGAUUGUGGAAAAUAUUCUGGAUUUAAAACUGAAAAAUACGCAGGUAAAGGGCUGGAGGGUAUUCAGAAGGAGAAGAGGAUGAUGGUGACCACAGGGACCCAGUGUGGGAAGCAGACCCUCACCAGCUCUGGACCCAACCACUGGCGGUCCUGCCACGAUAUAGGCCUCACUCAAACAAAAGAGUCCAGAAGGAGAGAGGUGCCUGCUCCGUCUAAAGCGGUCCAGUCUGUCAGUGGCAGUGGAGACACUGUCCCACUCAGUCAGGCCGGCGAUGAAAGGUGAAAACAGCCAGAGGAGGUUGGAGAACGACGAUCUACUGUCUGGUUGAGCUGGAAUAGUCCUGGAGGGUUGAGCUGGAAUAGGCCUGGAGGGUUGAGCUGGAAUAGGCCUGGAGGGUUGAGCUGGAAUAGGCCUGGAGGGUUGAGCUGGAAUAUGCCUGGAGAGUUGAGCUGGAAUAGGCCUGGAGGGUUGCAGACGAGUCCUGAUUCCUGGUGACAAAUGUUGCUUGUGUCCCAAAUGGCACCCGAUUCCCUAUGUAGUUCCCUAUGUAGUUCCAUAUGUAGUGCUCUAUGUAUUUCCCUAUGUAGUGCUCUAUGUAGUUCCCCAUGUAGUGCUCUAUGUAGUGCUCUAUGUACCCUACAUUACUAAUCUCAUAUGUAUAUACUGUACUCGAUACCAUCUACUGCAUCUUGCCUAUGCCGUUCUGUACCAUCACUCAUUCAUGUCUUUAUGUACAUAUUCUUUAUCCCUUUACACUUGUGUGUAUCAGGUAGUUGUUGUGAAAGUGUUAGGUUAGAUUACUACUGCAUUGUCAAAACUAGAAGCACAAGCAUUUCGCUACCCUCGCAUUAACAUCUGCUAACCAUGUUUAUGGUUCCCUAUGUAGUGCCCUAUGUAGUGCUCUAUGUAGUUCCCUAUGUAGUGCUCUAUGUAGUUCCCUAUGUAGUGCUCUAUGUAGUUCCCUGUGUAGUGCUCUAUGUAGUUCCCUAUGUAGUGCUCUAUGUAGUGCUCUAUGUAGUUCCCUAUGUAGUUCCCUAUGUAGUGUUCUAUGUAGUUCCCUAUGUAGUGCUCUAUGUAGUGCUCUAUGUAGUUCCCUAUGUAGUGCUCUAUGUAGUUUCCUAUGUAGUGUUCUAUGUAGUUCCCUAUGUAGUGCCCUAUGUAGUUCCCUAUGUAGUGCUCUAUGUAGUUCCCUAUGUAGUGUUCUAUGUAGUUCCCUAUGUAGUGUUCUAUGUAGUUCCCUAUGUAGUGCCCUAUGUAGUUCCCUAUGUAGUGCUCUAUGUAGUUCCCUAUGUAGUGUUCUAUGUAGUUCCCUAUGUAGUGUUCUAUGUAGUUCCCUAUGUAGUUCCCUAUGUAGUGCCCUAUGUAGUGCUCUAUGCAGGGAAUAGAGUGCCAUUUGGGAUGCAUUCUUUAUCUUCACCCCAGGGGCGUCAAUUGGGUAAGGCAGACAUACCCUAGUUUAACGCCAACAAUUUAAAAUAGGCUACUAAAAUCAGUCCAAUCCCCAGUAAAAGGCAAAUGUAGUUUAGUGGGUAUUGAUGACUGACUUUAGGACUAUACGGAGGCCAGGGAGCGGGAGGGAAAGCUGUCUGUAUGGCUGGCUGGCUGGUUGGCUUUAUGAAGAGGGCACACAGCUGCAGGGAACUUUUUCUCAAAACAGUGCAGAGUUAAGAUGUCUUUGGCUAGGUAACUGAUGUUUGACUUGACAUGAAACUAGAGUUUUAAUCCCUGUGCUGAGUUAGUUUGUAGCAGCUAAUUACUGAAUGACGUGUUUUGUAGAAUGUUAAGUCCCCUAUUGACUGAGGUGAACGGUGAUACAGGAACACGGUGGUAAUGGCUGGAGUCAAUUUAGCUUGUUUUUGCUGUUCUCUCCCAUUUGCUUUUAAGAAUUUUUACAUUUUGUAGAAAUAAAGUAAAUGAGCUUCAAUUUGGUUUAGCUGAAAUGACCCCCUGCUUCACCCCAAUGCACCCUCCCUCCCUUACACAGAAAGAUCAAUUACACACAUGGAGGAGGUGCAGAUGGUUCUGGGAUGGAUGAAGCUGUCUGUCAAUGGAUGAACUGUGAACUGGGUGAAUGGGUGAACUGCAGAUGGAUGGGAGAACUGCAGAUGGAUGGGAGAACUAUAGAUGGAUGGGUGAACUGCAGAUGUAUGGAUGGGUGAACAGCAGAUAAGGAACUGCAGAUGGAUGGGUGAACUGCAGAUGGAUGGAUAGGCGAACUGCAGAUGGAUGGGUGAAUUGCAGGUGGAUGGAUGGAUGAACAGCAGAUGGGUGAACUGCAGAUGGAUGGGUGAACUGCAGAUUGAUGGAUGGGAGAACUGCAGAUGGAUGGGUGAAUUGCAGAUGGGUGGAUGGGUGAAUUGCAGAUGGAUGGAUGGGUGAACUGCAGAUGGAUGGAUGGUUGAACUACAGAUGGAUGGGUGAAUUGCAGAUGGAUGGAUGGUUGAACUACAGAUGGAUGGGCGACCUGCAGAUGGAUGGGUGAACUGUAGAUGGAUGGGAGAACUAUAGAUGGAAGGGUGAACUGC